AUGCCCAGUUCAUGCAAUGAUAUCCGGGAGGCUCUGGCCCAAUGCCUCCAGGAGUCGGACUGCAUCAUGGUCCAGCGUCACACGCCCCGUGAAUGCCUCAGCUCUCCUCUCGCCGAGGAGUUACCCAUGAAAUGUCAGCAGUUGCGGAAAGGAUUCAGCGAGUGCAAGCGUGGUCUGAUCGAUAUGCGCAAGCGCUUCCGUGGCAAUCAGCCCAUCUCGGUAAACAGGGAUGUGGAGGGCGGGAAACCCAGCAACUCGUCUGGGGGACAGCUAUAUGCUGGACAACCUGCAUACCAGUCGGUCAAGGAAAUCAGCGGGAAUGAAGUGGAAAUGGAUCCAGAGAAGACAAGGGGCCUGUAA